AGCUUUAAUGAUCGUGUUUCAGUUACGUGAUUAUAGGAUUGUCGACAUAGUUGGGAAAGUGUGUCAGUUGCAGUGUUUGAUACUUUGAUUGACAUUUUUAUCUUAUCUACUCCAAGUCGUAGAAACUGGAAUGGAUAACAGGAUAAGAAUACAGAGCUGGCGCCACUGACUCUCAAAGGUUUGCACUUUGCACACAUGGUCCUUGUACCAGUUUGUGAUGGCACCAUAUGGGUCUCAUAUUUUAAUAUUUCAGCCUCAAAUAACUUUUAUUCCAUUAGAGAGAGGUUGGUCCAAGUGUAUAAUGGUUUUCAGAAGGAGAGCUCAUGGAACACUGAGAAUUCAAGUGCCAUGAGAGGGCAAAGCAACGGUGGUGGUGUGAGAGGUUUUGCGUCUCCAGAUAGGGGAGCGCACGAUAAGAGAGGUACCCGAAACAAUAACCAUCACACCAGCAACAACAACAACAAUAAUCAUAAUCAUGAUUACAACAAGUCAGGGGCAUCAUCGGAAACAGCCCACGACAGCAAAAAAGGAGGGUCUUCUUCUGCCAGCGGCGAGGCGGCACCAUCUGUUUGGCCACCGAAAUUCGUGAUUGCUUUGACCAACAAAGAAAAAGAAGAGGAUUUCAUGGCCAUUAAAGGCUCUAAGCUCCCACAAAGACCCAAAAAGAGAGCAAAAUUUAUUCAACGCACUCUCAAUUUGGUAAGCCCAGGUGCAUGGUUAUGUGAUCUAACCCUUGAACGGUAUGAAGUGAGGGAGAAGAAGAUUUCUAAAAAGAGACCUAGAGGUUUAAAGGCAAUGGGUAACAUGGACUCAGAUUCAGAAUAAGCGGAAUCCCGGUGUAGGCUGUAUUUGUUAGGAGAAAGAUAAUGAAGAGGAUGAUCAAAGGCGUUACGGUUUUUCUUUUCUUUUCUUUUUUUUUUUUUUUUUUUUCUGGUUUAGGAUCUGAGAAAUGUUGAAUUGUGUAAAUCGUCACACUUUUAACCCUUGGAAGAAUGAAAUGAUAAAAUUCCAUCCAUAUCUAUUAA